GCGAAGAUAACAAGUUCAGUAAAAACUGGCGAUGCUCGUGGUGGUGUAUUUGUGCCUUUUGGGGACCUUCGCCGAAGCGCAAAUCCAGAAGUACUAUUACAGAUGGAACGGGGAUUCGUUCGAUAUACUUUACACCGGGUACCCCCGUAUAGGGUACAAGGAAAUACCAGCGCCUAAAACGUACAAAGUCCAACAAUCCCAGAGGGGCGAAAGACCGGGGAACUGUUCUAAUACGGGGUUCUCCUGCCUAAGCCCAUAUCCUGUAUGGAAAACUUAUCAAUUUGAAUGCACUCUCGAUUUCCAGUGUCCCAGAUAUUUUAAAUGUUGCCAACCUGCUUGCUUUUUGCAUAAAGUAUGCCAAAUUGCCACAUUUAAUGAAUCUGAUACUACAACAUCAAGCACGACAAAAAAUACAACAGAAGACACUGAUGAAACUACAUAUUCUACAGAAACUUCAACAGGUUUAACAGAAAGAACAACAGAAGACACUGAUGAAACUACAGAUUAUACAGAAACUUCAACAGAUUUCACAAAAAACACAACAGAAAAUACUGAUAAAACUACAUAUUCUACAGAAAUUACAACAGAUGAAAUACUAAAAACUACUCGAGCAUCGCCCGAAGAACUCAAAUUGAAAUCUACGGAAUCCUCCAUUACAGAAAAACCUACUAGUUCUUCACUAGAAAAAUCAAGCACUACAAUUACAGUACCUAGUACUUCGAAAUCUAAUACAGAAGAUCACCAAUUACUAAAUACAACAGUAACUACAUUAAAAAGUGCUGAUAAAACUACAUAUUCUACAGAAACUUCAACAGGUUUAACAGAAAGCACAACAGAAGACACUGAUGAAACUACAGAUUAUACAGAAACUUCAACAGAUUUCACAGAAAGCACAACAGAAGACACUGAUGAAACUACAUAUUCUACAGAAAGUUCAACAGAUUUCACAGAAAGCACAACAGAAGACACUGAUGAAACUACAUAUUCUACAGAAACUUCAACAGAUUUCACAGAAAGCACAACAGAAGACACUGAUGAAACUACAGAUUAUACAGAAACCUUAACAGAUUUCACAGAAAGCACAACAGAAGACACUGAUGAAACUACAUAUUCUACAGAAACUUCAACAGGUUUAACAGAAAGCACAACAGAAAAUACUGAUAAAACUACAUAUUCUACAGAAAUUACAACAGAUGAUAUACUAAAAACUACUCGAGCAUCGCCCGAAGAACUCAAAUUGAAAUCUACGGAAUCCUCCAUUACAGAAAAACCUACUAGUUCUUCACUAGAAAAAUCAAGCACUACAAUUACAGUACCUAGUACUUCGAAAUCUAAUACAGAAGAUCACCAAUUACUAAAUACAACAGUAACUAUAUUAAAAAGUACUGAUAAAACUACAUAUUCUACAGAAACUUCAACAGGUUUAACAGAAAACACUGAUGAAACUACAGAUUAUACAGAAACUUCAACAGAUUUCACAGAAAGCACAACAGAAGACACUGAUGAAACUACAGAUUAUACAGAAACUUCAACAGAUUUCACAGAAAGCACAACAGAAGACACUGAUGAAACUACAGAUUAUACAGAAACUUCAACAGAUUUCACAGAAAGCACAACAGAAGACACUGAUGAAACUACAGAUUAUACAGAAACUUCAACAGAUUUCACAGAAAGCACAACAGAAGACACUGAUGAAACUACAGAUUAUACAGAAACUUCAACAGAUUUCACAGAAAGCACAACAGAAGACACUGAUGAAACUACAGAUUAUACAGAAACUUCAACAGAUUUCACAGAAAGCACAACAGAAGACACUGAUGAAACUACAGAUUAUACAGAAACUUCAACAGAUUUCACAGAAAGCACAACAGAAGACACUGAUGAAACUACAUAUUCUACAGAAACUUCAACAGAUUUCACAGAAAGCACAACAGAAGACACUGAUGAAACUACAGAUUAUACAGAAACUUCAACAGAUUUCACAGAAAGCACAACAGAAGACACUGAUGAAACUACAGAUUAUACAGAAACUUCAACAGAUUUCACAGAAAGCACAACAGAAGACACUGAUGAAACUACAGAAUAUACAGAAACUUCAACAGAUUUCACAGAAAGCACAACAGAAGACACUGAUGAAACUACAGAUUAUACAGAAACUUCAACAGAUUUCACAGAAAGCACAACAGAAGACACUGAUGAAACUACAGAUUAUACAGAAACUUCAACAGAUUUCACAAAACACACAACAGAAAAUACUGAUAAAACUACAAAUUCUACAGAAAUUACAACACAUGAAAUACUAAAAACUACUCAAGCAUCGCCCGAAGAACUCAAAUUGAAAUCUACGGAAUCCUCCAUUAUAGAAAAACCCUCUAGUUCUUCACUAGAACAAUCAAGCACUACAAUAACAGUACCUAGUACUUCGAAAUCAAAUACAGAAGAUCACCAAUUACUAAAUACAACAGUAACUACAUUAAAAAGUACCGAGAUUAUAGAAUAUAUUAAAACAACAAAGACGAAAGAUACUGACUCUAGUACUAAGAAAAGUACAACAGAAGAAACUACUACUACAACAAAUACUCCAAAAAUAAACCAAAUCCCUAAUGCAGAAAAAAAUAUAGAAGGAAGUGGUGGAAGUAGUGGAAGUGAUGGAAGUGGUGAUUAUGAAGACGAUGAAGGUGAUGAGGAUGAAGAUAGAGAUAGGCCGAAGAGAGAAGAAGAAGGAAGGAGGAAGGAAGAUGGUGGGUUUGAGUUUGAAGAAAGGAAAAUAUUGAUAUAAAAUAACUUUAAGAGAAAAGGCGUUUUUUGAAGUUUUUGUACAAUUUUAUAAUAAUUGUAAACUAGUCUCAUAUGUAAUACAAUUUAUAAUAAAAAC